GUUGUAUGAUAUGAUAAAUAAACCUCUAAUCAGCCUUAUCUGAAAAUAAGAAGAAACAUUAUUGUAAGAUAUGAGCGUAUGUAUAUGAGUUAAAGUUUGGAGACAAGAAAAGCAAAGUUUAGACAUUCUAUAGUAUCAUGUAGAAAUAUUUAAUAAUUUGUUGCUUUUAAUUCCAUAUGAAAAAUCAGAAGUCUCUAUUAAGUUUUUACUGGCUAACAACAUAAUCCCAUUCAGUUGAAAAAGUGAUAGAAGCCAUCAAGCAGAGGUUUAUAUGGUAUGGCUUUUAUAUUCAACAAUUGAGUGUUUUGGCAGUAUCUAGGCCUUUCCCUGUAUAAUAUCUCUCAAUUUAAUCUGUAUCCUUUCCUUAUUAUGGGGAAAAUAGAGCUUCUUUCUAGAUAUUAGGACUUUGAAGAAAAUUCUGGAUGAGGCACAUGUUACAAUGCUGUUCUUACUCUCAGCAGUGUUAGGAUAGGCGUUAGUGUGGUCUAUUCUUUCUCUCCCUUUAUUUGGUGCACAGAAAUUAGAUCCCAUUAGAAUUAAUUAAGAGGGACCCUAAAUAAAGGUCAGUCCCUUCUUUAAUUCUGCAAGCAAUUUUAAAGCUAAUAUAAGGAAAACAAAGACAUGUGAAAGAAAGGGAACAAAUUGCAAAGAACGAGUAAGUGAAAGAAUACAAUUUUCAAACGUUAAGGACUUAAGGGCACUGAACAGUUUUCAUACUCUAUUCACUAGAGUUUAUUUAUGCAUACCUUAAUAAGCAAGCGUUUAGUGAGUGAGUGAUUUGCCAACCAAAGAUAACUAAGACAUAGUUUCAAUCCUCAAGUAAGUCACAUUGAAGAGGGGACAGAUUGUCAUGAAACAUGGAACAAUAAUGUUUACAGGGCAAUUAUACAAGUUUUUAAGGGAACCCAGAGGAAGGACAGGCUAAAUGCUUCUUUCUGGAUUAUACAGUGGUGAUUCUAUUUAGGCAAAGUAAUUAGGUUUUGAAGAAAUUUGUUGAAGGAGGUGUGAAACAAGUUUCUUUUGUCAGUUUUUGGUGUUCCUAUGCCCAACGUUUCUGGAAAAGUAAAAUCUAUUAUUUUGGUGGUCCCAGAGGCCACCACGUUUUACCUUGGGUUCCUGACAUUGUGUGGGAGUAGUCUCAGGUGUGAAAGGCCUAGUACAGAACUAAAUCUAGCACAAUGAUGUGGACAGAGUUAACUGCUGGAAACAUUCUUUUCCCAACUGUUGAUUUUUAACCUUCUCCAUGAAAUUGAAAAAUUUCAACAACGUGAACAGUUCUCUAUCUCAACAUUGUUUUUUACAAAACAAACAAAAGAAAAGAAAAGUUAAAUACUUAAAUGGGCCACUAAAGAACAAAUUUAUAAAUAUAUCCAUGUGCACAAAUGGGAUACAGCCAUUUGAGUCUGUCGGAGGCCACGCGGUGGCGCUGCAGGCUAAAGAGACUGGGGGAAAAAUUGAACUGAGAAUGCUUUGGAUGUCACUAACGAAAAAGAUCCUGCAGGCAGCUAGGCUGGGAGAAAAGCUGUAGCUGCCCAAGAUUGGGAAGGAAAAAAAUCCAGACGCCUGCUACUACGUGUCGUAGGUCUGGGGUUUUCUUCUGUUGUUUCUUUACACUGGGAUCUGUGAUUGUGACCAGUAUUGAGGAAAGAUCGUUCAGAGGACGCUAUGGAGGCUGACGGGUGGCGCUGCUCAAGACAAAGGCAAGUCCUCUUUCUCUUUAUGUUUUGGGGAGUAUCCUUGGCAGGUACUGAGUUUGGAUGGUAUUCCGUGAUGGAGGAAACAGAGAGAGGAUCAUUUGUGGUCAAUCUGGCAAAGGAUCUGGGGCUGGGGGAUGGGGAACUGGUUGCAAGGAGAGCCCGGGUGCUCUUUGACGAUAACAAACAACACUUGCUCCUGGAUUCUCAAACUGGGGAUUUGCUCACAAAUGAGAAAUUGGACCGAGAGAAGCUGUGUGGCCCUACAGAGCCCUGUAUGCUGUAUUUCCAAAUUUUAAUGGAUAAUCCCUUUCAGAUGUACCGGGCUGAGCUGAGGGUGAGGGACAUGAAUGAUCAUUCCCCAGUGUUUCAGGACAAAGAGAUGGUCUUAAAAAUACUAGAAAAUACAGCUGAAGGGACAGCAUUUCAACUAGAAAGAGCACAGGAUUCAGAUGGAGGACUUAAUGGAAUCCAAAACUACACCAUCAACCCCAACUCUUUUUUCCAUAUUAAAAUUACUGGCAAUGAUGAAGGCAUGAUAUAUCCAGAGCUAGUGUUGGACAAGGUGCUGGAUCGGGAGGAGCAACAAGAGCUAAGUUUAACACUCACGGCACUGGAUGGUGGGUCGCCACCCAGGUCUGGGAUUGCCACUAUACGCAUUAUGAUCCUAGACAUCAAUGACAAUGCCCCGCAGUUUUCUCAGGCAACCUAUGUGACCCAGGCCCUGGAGAACAGCCCAGUGGGGUCUCUUAUUGCUAAAGUCUCUGCAAGAGAUGAAGAUUUUGGAGUCAAUGCAGAUAUAUCCUAUUCAUUUUUUGAUGCUUCUGCAGAUAUUCGAGCCACCUUUCAAAUAAAUCCAUUUUCUGGGGAAAUCAUUCUCAGAGUGUUGCUUGAUUAUGAGCUAGUAAAGUCUUACAAAAUAAACAUACAGGCAACUGAUGGUGGGGGCCUUUCUGCAAGAUGUAAGGUUUUGGUGGAGGUAUUGGACACCAAUGACAACCCCCCUGAACUGAUCAUGUCAUCACUUUCCAACUCUGUUGCUGAGAACUCUCCUGAGACCACAGUGGCUGUUUUUAGGAUUAAAGAUAGAGACUCCGGAGAAAAUGGAAAGAUGGUUUGCUACAUUCAAGAUAAUCUGCCGUUUCUUCUGAGACCCUCUAUGGAGAAUUUUUACAUCCUAAUGACAGAAGGAGCCCUAGACAGGGAAAGCCAAGCCGAGUACAACAUCACCAUCACCGUCACUGACUUGGGGACACCCAGGCUGAAAACCCAGCACAACAUAACCGUGCUGGUCUCCGACGUCAACGACAACGCCCCGGCCUUCACCCAAACCUCCUACACCCUCUGGGUCCGCGAGAACAACAGCCCCGCCCUGCACAUCGGCAGCGUCAGCGCCACAGACACAGACGCAGGCGCCAACGCCCAGCUCACCUACUCGCUGCUGCCGCCCCAAGACCCGCACCUGCCCCUGGCCUCCCUCGUGUCCAUCAACGCCGACAACGGCCACCUGUUCGCCCUCAGGUCGCUGGACUACGAGGCCCUGCAGGCCUUCGAGUUCGGCGUGGGCGCCACGGACCGCGGCUCGCCGGCGCUGAGCAGCCAGGCGCGGGUGCGCGUGCUGGUGCUGGACGCCAACGACAACUCGCCCUUCGUGCUGUACCCGCUGCAGAACGGCUCUGCGCCCUGCACCGAGCUGGUGCCCCGGGCGGCCGAGGCGGGCUACCUGGUGACCAAGGUGGUGGCGGUGGACGGCGACUCGGGCCAGAACGCCUGGCUGUCGUACCAGCUGCUCAAGGCCACGGAGCCCGGGCUGUUCGGCGUGUGGCCGCACAACGGCGAGGUGCGCACGGCCAGGCUGCUGAGCGAGCGCGACGCGCCCAAGCACAGGCUGCUGGUGCAGGUCAGGGACAAUGGCGAGCCGCCGCGCUCGGCCAGCGUCACGCUGCACGUGCUGCUGGUGGACGGCUUCUCCCAGCCCUACCUGCCGCUGCCCGAGGCGGCGGCCGAGCAGGCGCGGGCCGACCCGCUCACCGUCUACCUGGUCGUCGCGCUGGCGUCGGUGUCGUCGCUCUUCCUCCUGUCGGUGCUGCUGUUCGUCGCGGUGCGGCUGUGCAGGAGGAGCAGGGCCGCGUCGCUGGGUGGCUGCUCGGUGCCUGAGGGCCCCUUUCCGGGCCACCUGGUGGACGUGAGCGGCACCGGGACCCUGUCCCAGAGCUACCAGUAUGAGGUGUGUCUGAUGGGAGACCCUGGGACCAGCGAUUUCAAGUUCCUGAAGCCGAUUCUCCCUAAUAUCCAGGCAGAGGGCCCUGGGAGUAAUAGUGAAGAAAAUCCCGCCUUUCGGAAUAGCUUUGGACUUAAUCUUCAGUAAAAAUUCCCUUUGUAUUUUCAUGUACUUUUGAAGUGUUGUACAACCAUAUCAAUAUUAGUUUGGCUUUGAAACUCCAAAUUAAAUUAUUUGCAACUUCAA